GUAUGUCGUAAAUUAGAAUCAAGUAUUGUAAGGUAGUAAAUGCACAUUGUACGGUUGACGAGCCGCCUGUGACCGCAGCAGACUAGAGCUGAGGAGGGCCGACGCUCGACAACCGGCGCGCAUGAAGUGGAUCACCGGAGCGCAACGAAAAGUAAUUUGUACAAAAAACCAAAUUCAACCUUUUGCGAAUGGCGCGUUGUUCGUGAUGUUUUGUCUGACCGCACAAUAUAUCGGCGGUCAUUGCUGCUAGUCGUUUUUUAUAACGAUCGGACUUGUAAUGCGCCGGUAAUGUUCCGCGUGUUCCUAGCACCGUCGGACCUUCCGUUUUAGUUUAUAAAAACUUAUAUUUAUAUUCGAUAAAUGUUAUUUAGUUGCUAAUUGCAGACGGCUUGUUGACUGUGCGAACAUUUUCGAACAAAAAGUGGAUUCUUUGCAGGAAAUGGGAGUUUUUAAGUGGUUGCGCCGGGAGCGCGUGACUGUAACCACUCAUCACAGUGUGGGCUCCGACCCCUCAACACCCGAAGCACAAUGUGCCCACAGCACAACACAAAUCGGCACCAUUCGCACAGAGGAAUAUAAACGAGACUUAGCCGAGUUCCAAGCAAGGAGAUCCAUAGGAAGCAAGGAACCGCAAGAAACGUCAGUAAAGAAAAAAUGCGGCAGACAUUCCUUACCCGUCUCUUGUACCGACUGCACCGCAGACCAUGACAACACUUUCAAUUAUGAAAAGAAAUCAGCCGUUAAGUACAAAAAGAAAACGCAAAAACGCGCUCGAAGUACGACCCCUGAACGAACAGUUUACGGAGGUGUUCCGAACAUACAGUUUUUAUUCCAAAAUCAGGUGUUUAUGCCUGGGAAUGUUUACCCGACGACGUCGUCGUAUUCUGAACCGCAUAAAUACAAGCGUAUAUCACAGCACAGAAUAAGUAGAUCUCCAGACAUGGACUUCUUAGUUCAGAAACACAUAGAAUUUAAAGACGAUGACCAGCCAGAUUCACCGCCUACAUUUUAUAAGAAUAAUUCUUUACCUUUUGAUGUGAGGAAUUUCUUAGAUCGUCAGAAGAGUGAAGAGGAUGACGUCGACGGGUUGAAAGCUGCGGGAGAUGUUCAAGUUUCUAAUCACAGUGCUGCGUUGAGUCCUAAGAAGCACGGGUCGGACGAGAAGCUGUGGGAAGUGAUGAGUGAACUGAAAAACUUGGAUCAGUGGGCCGACGAGCAACUGCAGGUCCGGUCGCCGAAUACGAGCAAGUCCGACGAUAGUAAAAGCGAUACGAGUGCUUAUGGUUUGCCGAUAGCAAGCGCAAGCAAUCUCGACGUGACGGUAGAUAGAAAUAAAACAUGGAACCUGGGGAAAUGGGGCGUGGUUCCCGUGCAGAUAAAGAAAUUAAACGGUGUCACCAUUGAGCAUGUUAGGAAGAAAAGGAACAUGGAGAUAAAUAUACUGAGAAAGUGUCGCCACCCUAAUAUAAUACUUCUAAUGGGACUCUAUCCAGACAUUCACGGCAAUGUGCAUUUGAUCUGCGAGCGAUGCGUAGAUUCACUCUACGGCAUUUUACAUGUGCAGGGUCGCAUCCUUAGCGCUCAAACAGCAGUACAAUAUGCCCUCGACAUCGCCAACGCACUGGUCUUCCUACGCAUGCAAGGGUUUCUUCACACGGAGCUAUGCAGCGCCAGCGUGAUGAUCACGAACCAUGAUGCCGCGAAACUAGCUGAUGUGGGAUCCUGUAUGAAGCUCGAUAGACCUGAGAAGCAGCUGCCUAAAGUAUAUAAUAAUUACUCACCGGAGCCGCAGUAUGUCAAUAUUGAAGAUAACAGUCCAAAAGACGUAGCGGAAUUCGAGCCUCUCAUAUCGGCCCAUCCGUCGGAAACCUACAUGAUCUCCAAUGCAGUUCCCAAAGAUUACAAUCUGUACCAGAACUCUGACCGCUUUAGAUGGCAGGCACCGGAGUUGUUUGUGCCCGAUGAAGAGGGAAUGGUGUAUCCGUGUUCUAAAAGUGAUGUUUAUUCUCUAUGCCUGGUUCUGUGGGAGGGCUGUAAUGCCUCCAUGCCAUGGAAGAAUUUAUCUUACGAAAAACUGAAAGAACAGUAUACACUAUGGAAAACAGGUAUAAUUCUACCAAAAGACGGCACAUAUCCAGGAAGUCUUCUAUCCUUGCUCGAAUCUGGAUUAACGCUUCAGCGUCACGAACGAAUAGAUCUGGAAUCUUUGCGGAAUACUCUACAAAAUGCUAAGCGUAAUCUCGACGAUCUUGGAUACAUCAUAAUCCCAGCUCGCCUGCCGAACAAGAGGUCCAACUUCAGUUCAACAGCCUGGGACACUACCUCACCAACUGACUCCGACUGCCUGAGCCCACAAAACGUAGAGCACAAAGCUGUAGUUCACAACAUGCCAGAAAGUUCCACGGAAAGCGAGAAAGAAUGCAGCAAAAGCGACGGGAGCCCCUUAUACGAAACCAUAAGACAAUCCCAUGUAAAUUCCAUGUCUGUGGCCGAAAAAUGCUUCAUAACAUCAGAUGAUGAAACGAACGAUCUAGCUCCGAUCGUCAGAUACGAACAUUUACCCGACAAAGAUUUCUCCAGCGCAUGUUCUACGCCAAUUGCGAAAAUAAAAGCAAGAAUCAAAGAUAUGGAAUCCCCAGGAACGUUGCACAGAAGUGAUUCUACUGAGUACUGUAGCAUUUUCAGUCCGAAUCGUACUGUUAACUUUGUAAAUGAUGAAAGUAUGAAGAAUAGUAGCGUUGAGCGCCCCCAUACAAAACUCAGUAGAAGUUUCACUCCUAAAUCUUAUAAGCCCCUUCAUAUCAAAGUUCCUGAGUACAAUUUUGAUUCGAUCAAACCUUUGUUGAAAGAUCGCAAUAGUGAUGAACGGUCUUCGUAUAAUUUUGAUAUAAAGAACUAUAGUUUGCCAAACACUCCGAUUGCUCGCAGUAAUAAAUUGAGGAAGAAUGCUUGGCUGUCUGGAGAUUUGAGUUCUAAAGAACGUAGUCCCGAGACUAAAGAUGUUACUAUAACGCCAGAAAAACAAGAUCGUAAAACCAUGACGGACUCAUCUCUCGAGACGCCAACAACGCCUAUAAAUACGUCAUGUGAUAACGAGAACAUGAAUACUGCGAGUAACUUGGACAGCAAUAACCUGCAACAUCCAACGACUCCGGAUAACGGUUCUCCGGAGAAUUCCCCGGAGAAUAGAGCAGUUCCUCGCGACAGCUUUACCGGACUCCGUAGAAUAACUCCACCGCCAGAUUUUUACUCACCAGAAAGCGAAGACGCAAGAGACCGCAUGAGCUCUUGUUCUCUCAAAUCCGGGCAAGAUCGGAACAACCUCAAAUACAAAAUAGAAGAAGAUAUUCUCGCCAACGUGAACGUGAAACCAUUAGUAGCGAUACACGAGAAGUGGAUUUACGAAGCCAACAGAAAAACCGGACGCUCCAUGUCCUUGCCUGAUGAUAAUAGAAGCCAGAUAGUUGCGGUGAAGCCGGCGUCCCACUGCGUUGACACGUUGCAGAAAUCUUUGCCUCAAUUGAACAUGAAGAAAUCGGGCACUAAAAUAUAUCGCACGCGUCCUGCUUCCCCGGGCAACGGAAAAAAUGGAAAUAAUUGGGACCAAUUCUGUCAAGCAAGGGAAACUAUCGCUAAGAGCGUCAACUUUUCACGGAGCCCUGAACAUCAACAUAGGAGGAGUGACUCGGAAAAAGGGACUGCAACUGAAAGCCAAAAAUCGGAACAAACCGACCAAUCAACCGAUACAAAGAGCAUUGAAGACUUCAUCCGAGAUAUGAUACGGAAGGAGUUCCAACAUCUUUUGCAAGAGAUAUCCGACGAAGCCUCUUCCUCCUCUAUGCCUACUAAGAAUGAAGACAUUCUUAACAAAGGAGUUGCUAACAUCAUGGAGUCUUUAAACAAUGAAGAUAAAACUUCGAAAAAGGAACCAAUGAAGUCGUUCUCCCGUGUGAAAAUCAACGGGAAUAAUAAACCUUUACUACAAAUCACUUUUACUCGUUCCGGAGAGAACAGUCUGCAGGUUCUAGACAAUUGUGUGAACGUGACUAUCUGUGAUGGCGCCAACAACAACGUUAGUACUAAAGAUAAGAUGAACCAGUCUAUGGAAGACACGCUCACUGACGAACCGACUGUCAACGCUCUGAAGAGGUGCCAGGCUUUCAAUGCUUUACAGGAAGCUAGAAGUACCGAGGACCUGUACAUAGACGACGACUUAUCGACAAUGCAAGAGAACUUCGGCGGCAAAGUGAAGCUGAUCCCUCUGCACGGCUCCCUGCACGAAAUCCUCUGCGAGAAGGAGGACGACUGCUGUCUCAUCAAGGUGAAGCAGGAGAACGGCUGCGACACCAUCUACUUCCGCUGCGACAACUCCGACACCGAGUCACGCGACGCCAUCGACGGCUGCAUCCACGACCACCGCCCGCAGGACACCGUCGUCUUCAAGCGAAGCAUCUCUCUUGUCGAAGAGAGGAUCCAACGCGUCUUCCCCAAAGACAAACGCGCACAAACACCCAGCUUCGUACGCAAAUCGAAACCCCCCGAACACAGAAUACGACCCAAAUCCGAAGUAUUUGUACCGAGACUCAACUUACAUUCUCGCGUGCUAAGCAACAGCACACCGUCUUUGCCCACUUGCGACAAAUCCGAUGAAGUCGAGGUGAACAUCGAGAAUGUUCUGUGUUACCAGGACUCGUCCUCUGACGAAUGUGUCAAAUGCCAAGCCGAACACGACGACUUCGAAUUACUUGAGAAAAAGAUUGAAGAAGAUAUCGCGAACAGCAACAAAUCUUCACUGAAUUGCGGCUGCUUGGAAAAGAUAUCCGAAGAAAACCUCUCUAAUCUAAACGAGGAUAAGGACUGAUUAAUUCUGUUGAUCCAGAAUUAAGAAUUUAUAUUUACAUGUUAACAGUAAUGUUGAAGCCAUAAGUACAAAUUACGUUACUGCUUGAUGUGAGGAGACGAAAGUACUUUAUUUUUCUUCACCGAUUGUAUUCGAAAUGUCCAGUUUGACAAGUACAAAGUUGUUAGAUUUUUGUAUUCCUUCUUUUAUUGGUAAAUCGUUAAUUAUGUAUGUCGCUGAUAUAUUAUUACAAUCAUGUUACUCAGCCGUCCAAUUUGUACUCGCAUUUAGAAAACCCAAAGAUAUUUGAUAGGUUUUCUUAUUUUAGAUUGAUUCCGAGUUUUAAUUUGUAUCUUUUUAGUGAUUAAUAGUGCAAGGCUAUGUGAUUUAGAGUAAGUGGCACCGAUACAUUCCACUGUUGUGAUUUUUAGACUAGAUGCACCUUAUAAAGGUUUCGCCUUGUUAUACUUUAAUAUUAGCACUUUUAAUCUGAAUAUUUUAAUCUUCGUUUUAUAAAUUGUAUUAAAUACACCAAAGGUUUAAUUAGUUGCCUUGUUCGGUACUUUUCUAUUGUCCUUUGAUUUUCUAAAACAAAAUGUAAGUUGAUUUAUAAAGUUUCCAUUUUAAAUGCUAUUAUUACUUAAUUGUGUGGUUGAUUUUAGAUGUAACUGUUAAAAAUAAAACUUUGUACUUAA